AUGCGCACUUUAGGCAGGGCAUUGCUUGUAACUUCCAGCCAAAUUUGUACUAUUUCAACGGCUACUCUGAACUACACGAUCAACGGUUACAUUCGUGAGGGAAAUAUAAACGAUGCUCGCAAACUGUUUGAUGAAAACCCCUUUUCGAAAGACAUCGUCUCUUGGAAUUCAAUGUUUUCCAAAUACAUAAAACACGACCAAAUCCAACACGCUCAACACUUGUUCGAUCAAAUGCUCCUAAGAGAUGUUGUUUCUUGGAACGCCAUAUUAUCUGGUUUGCACAAGAUCAAAAACCCACAAGGAAUCUACCAUUGUUUCCCACGUAUGGGAAGAGAUGGAUUGCGACCCAAUGAUUUCACCUUUUCGAUAGUCAUCAGCGCGCUUACAAACACGGGAUUUAACCUUUUGAUCCCUCAACUCCAUGGCCUUGCACUCCGUUCAACACUAAAUUCGUGUGUGUUUGUUGGGUCCUCAUUGAUGAGAGGUUACACUGAUUUGGGACAUAGCAAAGGUUUAUAUCUAGUGUUUGAUGAAAUUUUAGCAAAAAAAGUCACAUCGUGGAAUGCGUUGAUUUUGGGUUAUAUGGAGUUAGGAUUAUCAGGGGAGGCUUGGAGAGCUUUUGAGAUGAUGCCUGAGAAGAAUAUUAUUUCUUGGACUAUUUUGGUUAAUGGGUAUAUUAGGAAUAAAGAGCUUGACGAAGCGCGAUCAAUCUUUAAUGGAAAUUGUGAAAGAAAUGUGGUUUUGUGGACUGUUAUGGUAAGUGGGUAUGUGCAGAAUGGUAAGUUUGUGCAUGCUUUGGAGUUAUUUCUAUUGAUGUUGAAAUCGGAAACCCAGCCAAAUCAAUUUACAUUUUCAAGAGCUUUAGACGCAUGUUCAGGUUGCUCCUCUCUCCUCAUGGGCAAGCAAGUUCACUCGAACAUGUUGAAGUCUGGUAUACCUUUUGAUGUGGUCUUAUCAACAGCUCUUGUUGAUAUGUAUGCAAAAUGUGGGGACAUUGAAGCUGCAUUCUACUUUUUUGAAUCCGUACCAAAGAAGGACUUGGCGACAUGGAACUCAGUCAUUGGUGGUUAUGCAAGGCAUGGCCUUGCAACUAGAGCAUUGGAAGAGUUUGAGAGAAUGAUUAAUGGUGGUGUGAAACCUGAUCAAAUUACAUUUGUUAAUGUAUUAUCUGCGUGCGUGCAUGGAGGACUGGUUGAAGAAGGCGAAAGGCAUUUUAACUCUAUGACAACAAAAUAUGGAAUUAAAGCGGGGAUGGAGCAUUAUGCUUGCAUGGUGGAUCUAUAUGGGAGAGCAGGUUUUCUAAAGACAGCAGUGAAAUUGAUAGAGGGAAUGCCUUUUAAGCCUGAUGUGGUUGUGUGGGGUGCAUUUCUUGCAGCAUGUAGCUUGCAUUCAAGUUUGGAACUCGGGGAGUUUGCAGCAAAGUGGAUUAACACACUUCAAAAGAUCAUCCUGCUGUAUAUUCCAUGCUGUCAAAGAUACAUGGUGAACAAGGAAUAUGAGGCACUCUAA